AUAACCACCUCCUUAUAUCUACGAAUACAACACAAUGGCUUAUUUUCCAGAAGUCUUUGGAUGGGAACGUCCGGAGCACAUCAAGAGAACUUAUGACGAGGUUGACUUCGACGACAGAACACAGAUCGAAGAAGCUCGCAAGUACUAUAUCCGCGAACAAUGGAUUCGUGUCAUGCAAGCACGAAUUGUACGAGACAAGUUGCAGGAGUGUUACAGACGAGAGGGCGUGAACCACUACGAGAACUGCAGAGAGUUGGCCGAGAUGUAUUUCAAGAUGUUGAAGACUCACCGUGUCACUGGAUACAAGGCGCGUGAGAGGAUUAUCGACUACGAGGGGUAG